CACUUGGUGCCAGAACUCUCAAUCCUCCACUGAGAGAAAAUGUCCAUCCAAGUCGAACAUCCUGCUGGUGGUUAUAAGAAACUGUUUGAAACUGUGGAAGAACUAUCCUCACCGCUCACAGCUCAUGUUACAGGCAGGAUCCCCCUCUGGCUGACCGGCAGUCUCCUUCGAUGUGGGCCAGGCCUCUUUGAAGUUGGAUCUGAGCCAUUUUACCACCUGUUUGAUGGGCAAGCCCUCCUGCACAAGUUUGACUUUAAAGAAGGACAUGUCACAUACCACAGAAGGUUCAUCCGCACUGAUGCUUACGUACGGGCAAUGACUGAGAAAAGGAUCGUCAUAACAGAAUUUGGCACCUGUGCUUUUCCAGACCCCUGCAAGAAUAUAUUUUCCAGGUUUUUUUCUUACUUUCGAGGAGUGGAGGUUACUGACAACGCCCUUGUUAAUAUCUACCCAGUUGGGGAAGAUUACUAUGCCUGCACGGAGACCAACUUCAUUACAAAGAUUAAUCCUGAGACCCUGGAGACAAUUAAGCAGGUUGAUCUUUGCAACUAUGUCUCAGUCAAUGGAGCCACUGCUCACCCCCACAUUGAAAAUGAUGGGACUGUUUACAACAUUGGUAAUUGCUUUGGGAAAAAUUUUUCAAUUGCCUACAAUAUUGUAAAGAUCCCUCCGCUACAAGCAGACAAGGAAGAUCCAAUAAGCAAGUCAGAGAUCGUUGUACAAUUCCCCUGCAGUGACCGAUUCAAGCCAUCUUACGUCCAUAGUUUUGGUUUGACUCCCAACUAUAUUGUUUUUGUGGAGACACCAGUCAAAAUUAAUCUGUUCAAGUUCCUUUCUUCAUGGAGUCUUUGGGGAGCCAACUACAUGGAUUGUUUUGAGUCCAACGAAACUAUGGGGGUUUGGCUUCACAUUGCUGACAAAAAAAGAAAAAAGUAUAUCAAUAAUAAAUACAGGACCUCUCCUUUUAACCUCUUCCAUCACAUCAAUACCUAUGAAGACAGUGAGUUUCUGAUUGUGGAUCUUUGUUGCUGGAAAGGAUUUGAAUUUGUUUAUAAUUACUUAUAUUUAGCCAAUUUACGUGAGAACUGGGAAGAGGUGAAAAAAAAUGCCAGAAAGGCUCCCCAGCCUGAAGUUAGGAGAUACGUACUUCCUUUGAAUAUUGACAAGGCUGACACAGGCAAGAAUUUAGUCACACUCCCCAACACAACUGCCACUGCAAUUCUGUGCAGUGACGAGACCAUCUGGCUGGAACCUGAGGUUCUCUUUUCAGGGCCUCGCCAAGCAUUUGAAUUUCCUCAAAUCAAUUACCGGAAGUAUGGUGGGAAACCUUACACAUACGCAUAUGGACUUGGCUUGAAUCACUUUGUUCCAGACAGGCUCUGUAAGCUGAAUGUCAAAACUAAAGAAACUUGGGUAUGGCAAGAGCCUGACUCAUACCCCUCAGAACCCAUUUUUGUUUCUCACCCAGAUGCCUUGGAGGAAGAUGACGGUAUAGUUCUGAGUGUGGUGGUAAGCCCUGGAGCAGGACAAAAGCCCGCUUAUCUCCUGAUUCUGAAUGCCAAGGACUUAAGUGAAGUUGCCAGGGCUGAAGUGGAGAUUAACAUCCCUGUCACCUUUCAUGGACUGUUCAAAAAAUCCUGAACACAUUUUAGCGUAAUAUGUUUCUGGUAACAAAACCCAGAAAAACACAGUCAGGUCUGCAAUUAAAUUCUGUUCAGUUUUAGCCUGCUGUAUAUAAGGGUUUUAACUUGCAGAUGCACACAAUUUUGCAGUGUUUUACAGAAAGCACAGAGUUGAGUAAACAAUUCCUUUUAAAAAAGUGCAUAUUUAGAUAAUCAUAAUUUCUCUGUGAGAUAGACACAUCAUAACUAAAAACUCUUUAUAUAUUUAGUCAAAUAGCAAAUGAAUGUGGAUUUACUAAACUGUUUUUAUUCCUAUUAUAAAAGCAUAUUUUAGGUACCUAUCUGCUCCAAUUAUUUUUUAACAUUUAAAAGCCAAAGUCCUCUACACCUGAUUGUAUGUGGCUUUGCUGAGUCAAGGCAGUAUCUUGCAAAAAGGCUUAAUUACUAAAUGUCAGACCAAAUUUUUUCUCAAACCAGGGACUAUUAUCUAAGACAAUCACUGUAAUUGUAUGCAUGUUAUUGUUCAAAGAUUCUCAAGUUUUAUAAACUUUAAUAUUUCCAUUUAAUAUAGGCAGUUACCACUAUUUCUGAUUUUACAAUGAGUAAACCUACCUUUAAUCCACUGAGGGCUCUCAACCAAAUAAUUUCUCAGAGAUUAAGUUAUCUAUUAAAAGCUUACAUAACAAUUACAGAUAGCAGUGACUGUAAUUUUUUUGAAAAACAGCAUAAAAUACAAAUAUAAUUUCUGUUUAAAAUCAAAGUAUGGGGUAAUAAUGUGGGGGGAUUUUACUUUGUUAUCUGUUCUGCUUAAUUAAAUUUAAGCACUGUGCAAUCACCUGAAAGUGAAAAAAGAGAAAAUAUUGUCAUUAACAUUCCCAUAUUAAUAUAUUUUAAGCACUUUUGUUUUUAAAAUUAUUCUCUUCUGAGCUCUCUCAUAUUGCAAAAAAAAAAAAUGAAGAUUGACAAAAAUUUUUAUUCUAUAUCUUAAUCCUG